AUGGCAGAAGACAAGUCUGGGAAGGGGGCGUAUAUUAACAACCCCGAGUUCCCGUACAAAAAUCUGAACAUUAAAAAGAUCGAACGGAUAAGGAAAAGCGUCAGUCUGGGCAGCCAGCUUUUAACCCAUAAAAAUGGAAUUAACGAUGAGUUCGGAGGAAAAGCACCUGUUCCCAAACAGGGCAAUUCGCAAAAUUACGCAAAUAGCUUAAGCAAGAAAUUUAGUAAAUCGAAAAACUUUAUAGAGAGAAAUAUCGAAAAGAUAUCUAGCUUAAGCAAAAAGAAUGACAUGCUCUUGAAGACCAAAAAGACAUGUAACAGGAGCCAGGUGGUCGGUUAUGAUGUAUACAAGGAUAGAAAGAAAGACACAAAGGAGAAGGCCACUACAGUUUUGGGUCUCGGCCCACAAAAAAAUAGAGCUACAGGAGGCACUACUGGGAACAGUGGUAAUGACAAUAAAAACGUUUUAAGCAAAAUCCCAGUGAACCACCUUAAACACAAAACCACACUCCCGCAUGAAAAACACAAAAGCGCAGAAUGCGAUUCGGCCAGAAACAAGACGUCUUCUACGAAUGGUCAUAACAACGCGCACAAGAAUCUGAGAAAUGCAAGAAAGUUCCCUGGCAUAGGAGAGAAGGGAAAUGGACAUCAAGUGCUCACCAAUUUUGAGAGGUCCAAAAGCUUUGCCAGGCAUUACGACUCGGGCGGUAUCGGGGCAACCUCCACUGUUAAGCUUGGCAUUUGUGCAGCGAGUCAUGCUUCUUCCAAAGAUACAUUCGCCAAUCACAGCAACGGUAAUAUUCCCCUCAGAAGACAAAAAACACUUUCCGGUGAAGAAACCGUAGGUCAAAAUCGAAGGGAUAAAACACCCUCCACACGAAUUCCUAACAUAACUGCGGGUCAACAAACAAGCGAAACGCAUUUGAUGAAAAACACACAGAUAAGCAACGAAAUGGUAAAAAGAAAGGAAUGGGUCGAUAUGAAGAAUAAAAUCAUCCAGAAGGAAAUAGCCCAAAACAAGGAGCAAAAAACCAAUGCGCCCGUCGCACUUUACCAGUCAGAUAAAGAUAAAAUUGUCACAAAUGAAGAGGGAGAAAAAAUGGAAAAGAAAUUUAAAGAAAGUUCAGGCGUAGUAUCACCCUAUGAGGAGCAUGAAAUGAAGAAUAAAGGAAGCGAUUAUGUAAGUGAUAGGAUAAUAAAACGAGAGGGUACCUUAGAAAGUCAGAGAAGUGAUGUUAAGGAUAUUAGACUGCUAGAAUAUGAUGAUAGUGGUGAAGAGGUGCAUAUGUACACUCAGAAUAGUAUGUCAAAUGGUUCCCGUUACGGUGGAAAUGUAGUUGAAAAGGAUGGAAGCGAUGGGAUACGCGAAUCGGGUGCAAGAGAAGAUGGAAAUGAAGAAGAGGACGCAGCAGAUGAAGAUAACAGAGAAGAGGUUGCCGUCCCAGAGGAAUCUCAAGGAAGUGGAGGAGACAACGCCUUGCAGAAAGUGUCAAAUAAUAUAGAUUCACCAAUCUUCAAUAACAAUGGUACAGAGGCAGGAAAAAAAGAAUUCGCAGAAAAAUCGAUAAGCCUAAGAGACAACUCUUCUCUCGAUACGGUUACAAAUUACAGUGUGCAAAGUAAGAAAGACUAUCAAAGUUGGGGGGAUAAAAUAAAGUUAAAAAAUGGAACAAGUACAAAACUGCGAAGCGCUGACUAUACGUCAAAAACGAUGCACAACGAAACGGGGAAAGCUCCUUCUUCUAGAUAUGCACAUUUGGACUCACUUGGAAAAAAAACAAAUGAAGGGAGAUUUGCUGAUAAUAAAAAUGUGAACGAAUUUUUUGGAAAUGUUAGAAACAGCAUUGAAGCGUUUGACGAAUUGCUGUCGAGGCGUUUUCCCAUCUUAAAAGGGAGAAGUGUCUCACCAAGUGGAAUGCGUGUGCAGAAUGGGGGGAAAGAUGAAAACACCAACAAUGGUGCUACAACUAUUAGGGGAACAAAUGAAGCUCUAACUUCGCGUGAUAAAAAUUCCUUAAAUGUGUAUCGAAUGGAUGAAGGAAAAUCUAUGGAGGAGGAUUUUUCUUCCAAAUUUAGGGAAGGGCAAAGUGGCGAAAUGGAGAAGUCCUCUGAGGAUCCAAAGGGGAUGGCAAGGACAUCCAUCAAAAGUGAAAAAAAAUUUCUCUUCGAUCGAAAUAGUUAUAAUAAUGUCAAAGGAGAGCAACAAAAGGAAACCAAGGAUAUUAAACAUAAGAAACAAGCGAACACACAUUAUGGAGAAAAUGAAGGAGAAAUGAUAAUUAGCGAAAUGAACAAGUUAAAUGAUAAAGCGUAUGAUGAGUACACUAAGAAAAGUGAUACAACAGGAACAGAUAAAGAGUUAUUCGAUUCGCCUCCCGUGCAAAACACACAGAUGCCCAGAUUUGGAAACGAUUUGGAGAAUAUGGUCGAAGAAGGAGAUUCUCCUACGGGGGAAAGAAGUGCACUAAAUGAGGAUAGGCUUAAAAAGGAGCUUGCCAAUUCAUAUGACUACGAAUUUUCGAGCUCGCGCAAAGCGAAUCAUAGCCUUUCUGGAAGUAACAUUUCUCCUCUGCACAAAAAUUAUUUAACCCAAGGGGGAAAUGUGGGCAACGCGAACGAGAGCGAAGCACACACUGACGAUGAAAGCUAUAAAUCGGUAGCGAACAAGAAUUCGACGGAGAACUACAUGGAAGAGGAAAUGGAAGGAAAAAGGAAGGAGGUAAAACAGGAUCAAAAGGAAAAAAAAGAUGUUUUAAAGGAAAGGGAGGAAGAAGGAGAAAAAGAAAAAGGGGAACUACUCACUGAUCUGCCAAGCCAUGACGAAGACAAAAUGGAUGAUAAACACUCCGAUGGAAGUAGCCCCAAAGAACAGUCUUACGGUGAAGAAGGACACACCAAGGAGCCUAACAGAGGCUAUUUUGACAAGAGCAUUAAUGAAGACUCAGUCGAGAUGGAACAUUUGUACGAUGCCCCCGAAAAUGGGAAUAUUCCUAGUAGGGUCUUUCUAACAGUAAAUGGGAAAGACCCGCAAAAAGGUGUGCCAAAAAAUGUGAAGAACCAUUCGGUGCAUUUUAAUAAAUUCGGUGGGGAGCCCUUCGCAGGCAGAGGCGGAGUAGUCAGGGCUGAGGAAGUCACAGAGAAUGGUGGAGAUAAGCCAGAUGAGCAAGAUGAAGAUAAACACAAGUUCCUAUGUAGCUCCAACGAAACUUACCAUGUGGAUGUAUUGAAGAUGUACAAUAAUAAACUAUCCCACGAUGGGGGCAACAAAAAGAACAAUAAACUUAUAAACAAAAAUAUGAUUUUGAAGGAAAUAUUCGGCUCGAAUUAUGAGUCCAGCUUGAAAAAUGACCUGAAUGAGUCGAGCAAUGUGAUGGGCGUGGAUGAAGAAGCUGGAAACAUCGCGGAUGAAGAAGUAGCGGAUGAAGAAGUAGCGGAGGAAGAAGUAACGCAGGAAGAAGUGACAAAGGAAGACACAGAGGAUGGUGCAGAGGAAGGGGAGCAAAAUUACCCACACGAGGACACAACCAAGAAGGAGCUAUCCAACAGAAACGUUGCAAUAAUGGACGAUAGUAAAUACAACCACUAUGUAGACAACCAGUCGAUCGGAGGAUAUGCCCAGGAGCCGCUCGAGUCCAAGUUUGAUAAAAGUAACAGCGUAGAAAAGGAGUCGUUUGGAAGUGAACUAGCCAACGACGAUGAUUCGUUGCUUAAAAGGUAUGAAGAGAAUUCCUCUCCCCUCAUUUUAUCCAAGCCCUUCUUUAACGACAAAGCGAGCGAAAGCAGUUAUAACACAAGUGUGUUAAUGGGCCGAGCAAAAAACGAAUCUCUGACCUUUAUAGACACCACCGCAGGGGGCAAUAGCCAUAAGGAUGGAAACCGUAGCGGUGAUGUUCUUUUAAAAAAGAAAGAACUGCACAAUUUAGAGGACACACCAAAUUACACAGAAGAGAAGCAAACGCAUAAUGCUGAGCUUUCGAGCGAAUAUAAGGAUGUCAGAUGUACAUCGGAGAAAGAGUCUCAGCAGAUUGCGGAAGGCAAAGCAAAGGACCUAAAGAUGCAUUUGCGUGAUGUUGUGACACAUGAGUGGAGAGAAUAUUACGGCGGUGGGGGUGAUAGGUAUGAGGAGAGUAGUGAUGCGAAGAGAGUCGAAGAACCGAAUAGCGAAAACGAAAUAAUCAAAAUAGAAGGGAUGGGUGAAAAGACAGCCAGGGAGGAAGAUAACAACAGAGCACCAAAUGAGGAGAAAGGGAAAGGAACGGAUGGACUCUAUACAAAAAAGAGAAAGGGAAGCGAGCAUCCACAUGACCAUUACAUUGAUGAGUAUGAAAAAGGCUUCUCUAUGGUGAACGAGAAGAUAGAUGAAAGGAAGAAAAAAGAAAUAGACGCGGAAAUAGAGAAGUAUGAAACAAGAAGGGAUAGCCAAGGUAGACAGUACCGCAGUUAUAUGGACUACGUAAAUCGGGGAAAAGUCGAAGGAAGAAACCACAUCGGAGAAGAAGACAAGGAUGAACUGAGGAUAGGACCAAUGGAGGAGAAUAACCUAAUGAAAACUCACAAAUCAUCCUGGACGCGAAAAGCGCAACGCAACAAUGACGGAGUAGCGAACACAGAGAAUGAGUUGACACAUGGACAUAACGAAAUUCAUGGUGAGAAGAAAAACAGGACCAUUUGGAAAUACAAGGAUAAGAAGUUCCUAAUUUAUAGGGACAAACUAUUUGAGGAAGGAGAAAAGGAAGCAAACCAAAGGAAGUCACACAUGAAUGACGAACUGUUAGAUACGCAUUAUGGAAAAAGAUUUGAUGUAAAUAAAGAGAGGGAAUAUCUAUUCGACUCUAUGAGUGAUAGUUAUAAUUAUGCUUAUCUCAAAAAGGGAAAGAGUGACAAGAGGACCUCCCAGAUGAUGAAUUUGUAUGGAAGCAUUAAAAGCAGAAUGGAGAUUAGUGGAAACAAGGAAAGUGACAGUAGCAACGUGAAGAGCGUCAUAAACGACGACUAUUAUUUGGACUACAUAAAGAAUAGGAGAAAAAAUAGCCAUAAAUAUGAGGGCGAAAAAAGUGAAGUGGAUAACUAUAACCGAGCGAAGCAAAGCAGCAACGAAAAUGAACUCACCUUAAACAAAAGGAAAAGGAAAAAUAUAUUUGAAAGUGACAGCCUGAUAAAUGAUAGCAAGGAUGAACAGAAUUUUGAUCUGUCACGUAACAAUAAUGAUUUCCUAGAUGAUGUGAAGAAAAAAAUAAAAAAAAAUGAUCAUAUAGAAUGUAGCCAUUUGUCCUAUGGCAAUAGUGAAUGCUCCAAGGGAGCUGCUUUGUAUAGCAGCAUAAACGAAACAACAAAUAGUAGCCACACCAUCGUAUCGAAGAGGAGCAAAUAUAUUUUGAAACAUUCGAAUGCUUCCUCUCUUUUUGAUGAUGUCCCCUUAUUUUUUAAUUUUGUUAACUGUAGCUCAAUUGUGUUAGGAUCGGAAAUUAUAUACGUCACGGAUGAGACCUAUGGGAAAUGCGAAAAUAUUUUAAAAGACAAACCGUUCAACACGGCCAACGUGGAAAGGGGUUAUUAUGAAGAUUACUCCAAUGAUCUCUAUAACGUGACGAAUAGUAAUUUGAACAUUGGCAUAGGCCACCAUAGGGAGAACUUAGACCAGAUAUGUGGUAAAGGGAAUGUUGCCAAUUUUCUGAGCGAACCAGUGAACUCUUUUAAUGAGGAGAAGAUCAGGAGGGGAAGCGGUUACCCCAAAUUAUGCAAUGAAUCAGGUAAAUGGGGAGAAUGCCCAGGGUGGCUCACCAAAAGAAGAAUAAAAAAAUAUUUCGAUUUUUGCAUAGUGAAGCUAUGUAAGCCAACACUCAUAAAAGGAAUAGACAUUGACACAAAUAAUUUUUUGGGAAACUACGCUCCGUAUGUUUCUAUCGAAGGGGCGUACAUCGAAGACGACCUGUUAAUGAGUGCGGAGUCGUUUUCGAAAUAUGUGGACCGAGUUAAAUAUAUGAACAAGAAAAAAAACGAUUUCAUGUUUGAGAGAGACUUUUUUUCGCAACACCCCACUCGGGGGAGGAGCGGUGAAAGGACCGGCGCGUACAAGGAGAAUGGUGAGUGCACUAAGGAAGGUAAUCCCACAAACAGGAAUAACGAUCGUGGAGCUGACGGAGGGAAAAAUGGUCUGUUUAUGUCAAGCCGAAACAGCAGCGGGGAAAACCGCUAUUGGAGCAAUGACCGCAGGCGUCUGGAUGACCACGUGUUGAACAAUAGGGAAGAGGUUGAAUUGAUUAUAGACGGGAAAACAUAUUUUAAAAGAAACAAAUAUUUUUAUGAACCCAUUUUGAUAGAUCCCCUUGACAAGUCAGACCAGGAGUAUGAAAAUUAUUUGGAAAUUCUAAGGUAUAAUGAUAAGUAUAAGAAAUUGAGGACUAAUCCUAAGUCGACUUCGUUUGUGGCCAACGGAAAUGAGUACCGAUACAUAGACAAUAAAUUGUACACUUUGGUGGAUGUGACGAAGGAGAUAGCUAGUAGGUAUCCGGGAAUCCACAAGGGGUGCUUGUUAAGGAGCUCCUCUUCCCCACUGGGCGCAGACAGGAAUGGAGUCAACAGUGGCGAGGGGAGGGGUUAUUCCAGUGGUGACGGUUAUGGAGAUUCCUAUGAAGAUCGUUUCGUCGGUGUGGAGGGAAGUGGCCUCGGCGAAGCAGAGUGCCAUGGGAAGUACCGCACUGGGAACGCAUCGAAGGGGAAGCGCGGUGAGCACGGCGAGCACGGCGAAUGUGGUUUAAAUGGUGUAAAUGUUGAGAAUGACCAGAGCAGCGAAGAGGAGGAGGGGAACCCAUUACUCUCCAACUCCUACAACUCAAACAUGCUCUUCCUAGAUAACGACUACUCAAUAGAAAAGAAAAUUUAUAAUGACCUGCACAAGCAGUAUCAGUGGGUAUCCAUCCUUGAGGACGAAAGGAUGAAUCCUGGAUUUCAAAACUACAAUCAUAACUGUUUCAACAUCAACACAUGUAACAAAAUAUUUACGCACUUGAUUGUGUGUCUACUCCCUGAUGGAGGAAUAAACAAAUUGCGUGUGUAUGGAGAGAUAAAAAUAAGUGAAAACGUUAGAAAAAAAAGUUACAAAAAAACUAUUAACGUAUGUGAUAUUCUAGAUGGAUCCCAUGUCGUCUACACAACGGACGAAUUCUAUGGGAAGUCGGAAAACAUUUUGAUCGAUCAGAAUUCGGAGUAUGUUAUGGGAUGGCAGACAAGAAGACUGAUAAAUAGGCCCUUACGUUAUGUUGAAAAUUUGACGAUAAAUAACAUGUCGUCUAUAUUUUUUAACAACAACUAUUGCAUAAUAAAGCUCAGUUUUAUCACCAGCAUUAAGUACAUAGAAAUUAAUACCAUAUUUUAUGAGUACAACUUUCCCUUGUGCGUUUCGAUUGACUACUGCUAUAUGAAGGAAGUACACUCCGAAGAGAAGUCCAAACAGAUUCAAUUUUUUGGUGAAAAUAUUGAGAACAUUCAAUGGAAGGAGCUUCUCCCUCUGUCUUACAUUAAGGGGAACCACAUCAACUUCUUCACGGUGAAUGGUAGCAGCGCUGACGAGGAAUCUUUGCCCGACAUGGUGUCUUCUCACCUCCGUCUAAACAUAUACCCGGACGGGGGCAUAAACACGAUUAAGGCGUACGGCACCGUGGUGGAGGUGUAG